AGGUGGGGGAGGAGGAGAUGGACAGGGAGAUGGAGAGAUGUUGGGCGAGGAAAGAGAGAGGAGAGGUGGGGGAGGAGGAGAUGGAGAGAUGUGGGGCGAGGAGAGAGAGAGGAGAGGUGGGGGAGGAGGAGAUGAAGAGAUGUGGGGCGAGGAGAGAGAGAGGAGAGGUGGGGGAGGAGGAGAUGGAGAGAUGUGGGGCGAGGAGAGAGAGAGGAGAGGUGGGGGAGGAGGAGAUGGACAGGGAGAUGGAGAGAUGUUGGGCGAGGAAAGAGAGAGGAGAGGUGGGGGAGGAGGAGAUGGAGAGAUGUGGGGCGAGGAGAGAGAGAGGAGAGGUGGGGGAGGAGGAGAUGGAGAGAUGUGGGGUGAGGAGAGAGAGAGGAGAGGUGGGGGAGGAGGAGAUGAAGAGAUGUGGGGCGAGGAGAGAGAGAGGAGAGGUGGGGGAGGAGGAGAUGGAGAGAUGUGGGGCGAGGAGAGAGAGAGGAGAGGUGGGGGAGGAGGAGAUGGAGAGAUGUGGGGCGAGGAGAGGUGGGGGAGGAGGAGAUGGAGAGAUGUGGGGUGAGGAGAGAGAGAGGAGAGGUGGGGGAGGAGGAGAUGAAGAGAUGUGGGGCGAGGAGAGAGAGAGGAGAGGUGGGGGAGGAGGAGAUGGAGAGAUGUGGGGCGAGGAGAGAGAGAGGAGAGGUGGGGGAGGAGGAGAUGGAGAGAUGUGGGGCGAGGAGAGAGAGAGGAGAGGUGGGGGAGGAGGAGAUGGACAGGGAGAUGGAGAGAUGUUGGGCGAGGAAAGAGAGAGGAGAGGUGGGGGAGGAGGAGAUGGAGAGAUGUGGGGCGAGGAGAGAGAGAGGAGAGGUGGGGGAGGAGGAGAUGAAGAGAUGUGGGGCGAGGAGAGAGAGAGGAGAGGUGGGGGAGGAGGAGAUGGAGAGAUGUGGGGCGAGGAGAGAGAGAGGAGAGGUGGGGGAGGAGGAGAUGGACAGGGAGAUGGAGAGAUGUUGGGCGAGGAAAGAGAGAGGAGAGGUGGGGGAGGAGGAGAUGGAGAGAUGUGGGGCGAAGAGAGAGAGAGGAGAGGUGGGGGAGGAGGAGAUGGACAGGGAGAUGGAGAGAUGUUGGGCGAGGAAAGAGAGAGGAGAGGUGGGGGAGGAGGAGAUGAAGAGAUGUGGGGCGAGGAAAGAGAGAGGAGAGGUGGGGGAGGAGGAGAUGAAGAGAUGUGGGGCGAGGAGAGAGAGAGGAGAGGUGGGGGAGGAGGAGAUGGACAGGGAGAUGGAGAGAUGUUGGGCGAGGAAAGAGAGAGGAGAGGUGGGGGAGGAGGAGAUGGAGAGAUGUGGGGCGAGGAGAGAGAGAGGAGAGGUGGGGGAGGAGGAGAUGGACAGGGAGAUGGAGAGAUGUUGGGCGAGGAAAGAGAGAGGAGAGGUGGGGGAGGGGGAGAUGGAGAAAUGUGGGGCGAGGAGAGAGAGAGGAGAGGUGGGGGGAGGAUGGAGAGAUGUGGGGCGAGGAGAGAGAGAGGAGAGGUGGGGGAUGAGGAGAUGGAGAGAUGGAGAGAUGUGGGGUGAGGAGAGAGAGGAGAGGUGGGGGAGGAGGAGAUGGAGAGAUGUGGGGUGAGGAGAGAGAGUAGAGGUGGGGGAGGAGAUGGAGAGAUGUGGGGCGAGGAGAGAGAGGAGAGGUGGGGAGGAGAUGGAGAGAUGUGGGGCGAGGAGAGAGAGGAGAGGUGGGGAGGAGGAGAUGGAGAGAUGGAGAGAAAGGA